GUGUGUGCGCUGAGCUUGUGCAAAGAGAGAGAGAGAGCGCAACAGAGAAGCUUUAGUUGAGUUUAGUCUCAACAGUGUUACUAUUUAAAACAGUCAGAGAGGAAGAGCGCACAACAUCUAGGAGAUAAGCAACCACAGAAACACACUUUAAAGUGAGACUGUGAGUGGUCUGGACACUGAUGGUCCUCUCCUGAGGCUGUGACUGCUUCACCAGGAGAGAUGUGAUCGUUGUGCGACUUAUUUGACACACAGACACACCUGCUCCAUCCUCAGGUGGCGUUCUGAAGGACUGGAUUGCUGAAACGACACAGUGUUUACCAGAGGCCAGUGGACUGCACGCAGCCGGGGCAAACAUGGACUACCUGUGGGGGAUUGUACUGCUGCUGUGGACGCUCGGCGCACCGGAAAGAGGAACAGACGCACAGAGGAGCAAGAACAACGUACCCCGGCUCAAACUCUCAUAUAAAGGAUGUUCUCAGAAGGAGUGCUCUAACUUCAUAAAGGUUCUGCAGCCGUUUAAUCAGACGCACUUGUAUGUGUGUGGAACAGGAGCCUUCCAUCCCGUCUGUGCUUAUGUGGAAGUGGGCAAACGCCCGGAGGACAACAUCUUUCGGCUAGGGUCGUCAAACUUUGAGAAUGGCCGUGGAAAGAGUCCCUAUGACCCCAAACUCCUGACUGCUUCCAUGCUGAUCGAUGGGGAACUUUAUGCUGGGACAUCAGCUGACUUCAUGGGCCGGGACUUUGCCAUUUUCCGAACGUUAGGCAAGCACCAUCCAAUCAGAACAGAGCAGCACGACUCCAGAUGGCUCAACGAUCCUAGAUUUAUCAGCGUGCAUCUCAUCCCAGAGAGCGACAACCCUGAAGACGACAAGAUCUAUCUGUUCUUCAGAGAGAACGCUAUUGAUGGAGAGCAAAUCAGCAAAGCUACACACGCCAGAAUCGGACAGUUGUGCAAGAACGAUUUUGGAGGCCACAGGAGUUUGGUGAACAAAUGGACCACCUUUCUGAAGGCCCGUUUAAUCUGCUCCGUUCCUGGCCUGAACGGCAUCGACACACACUUUGAUGAACUACAGGAUGUUUUUCUCAUGAGCUCCAAGGAUCCCAAAAACCCUAUCAUCUAUGCUGUAUUUACAACAUCCAGUAACAUCUUUAAGGGCUCAGCGGUGUGUAUGUACGGUAUGGCGGAUAUCAGGAGGGUGUUUCUGGGCCCCUAUGCCCACCGAGAUGGACCCAACUACCAAUGGGUACCGUUUUUGGGUAGAGUGCCAUAUCCAAGACCUGGCACGUGCCCCAGCAAAACAUUUGAUGGUUUUGAAUCAACAAAGGACUUUCCUGAUGACGUUAUCACUUUUGCCAGAAGCCAUCCGGCCAUGUACAACCCAGUGUUUCCCAUCAACAACCGUCCAAUCAUAAUCAAAACCAAUGUUGACUAUCAGUUUACUCAGAUAGUGGUGGACAGGGUGGAGGCAGAGGACGGCCAGUAUGAUGUUAUGUUUAUUGGCACUGACAUGGGCACAGUUCUUAAGGUGGUUUCCAUCCCCAGAGGAACAUGGCAUGACCUUGAAGAAGUCCUGUUGGAAGAGAUGACUGUGUUCAGAGAGCCAACAGCUAUUACUGCGAUGGAACUCUCCACAAAGCAGCAACAGCUCUAUCUGGGAUCCGCCAUUGGGGUUUCUCAAAUGCCGCUGCAUCGCUGUGACGUGUACGGGAAGGCCUGCGCUGAGUGCUGUCUGGCGCGUGAUCCUUACUGCGCCUGGGACGGCUCACAGUGUUCCCGAUACUUUCCAACUGCUAAGAGGAGAACGAGGCGUCAGGAUAUAAGGAAUGGAGACCCUCUGACUCAAUGUUCGGAUCUACAGCAUCACGAUGAGGCAGACGGAGAGAGAGGUUUGCUGGAUAAGACAGUGUAUGGGGUUGAAAACAGCAGCUCUUUUCUGGAGUGCAGUCCUAAAUCCCAGCGUGCCCUUAUUUACUGGCAGUUUCAAAGAUACGGAGAGGACCGCAAACAAGAGGUAAAGUCAGAUGAGCGGGUGUUGGGCACAGAACAGGGUCUGUUGAUCCGAACCCUCCAUCAGAAGGACUCGGGUGUGUAUUACUGCCAUGCUGUUGAACACGGCUUCAUUCAGACCCUCCUCCGCCUCACGCUCAACGUCAUUCCCACCGAACACCUGGAUGACCUCCUGCACCGAGACACACCCGACAGCAACGACCCGGCCAACGGCAAGAUGUGGUACCGCGACUUCCUGUCCCUCAUCAACCCGCCGAGCCUAAACAGCGUCGACCAGCUCUGCGAGCAGGUUUGGAAAAGAGAACGGAAACAGCGUAGACAGAAAGCCAAUCUGCUGCACGCCAGCCAAUCACACGCCAGCCAGCUAAUCCACCCCAGCCAAUCACACACCAGUAAGUGGAAGCUGCUACAGGAAAACAAGAAAGGACGCAAUCGCAGGACCCACGAGAUGCAGCGGGUGCCCCGCAGCGUGUGACAUGGACUCUAAAUAAAAAAGGACGAGGAAAUCCAACAGACUUCUAUUGAGACUGGAGACAGGAAGAGCGGAAUUCCACUUCCUGUAGUGUGUGCAAGAGAUUUACUUAUGAACCAGAGCACAUCUUCAUUCACACGUAUUGAGACUCUAACUCUGAGAGGACUUAACAGGACACAAGAUGCAAACAGACACUGAAAUACCUGUAAAUAUGACAUAAAUACAAAAAUAUACUGUGAGACAGGUUUCAGUCUGUAUAAAAACCCUGUUUCAUUUAUGAGGGACAAAACAUGGAUGCUGAAAGACCACUGUUUAACCUCCAUUUAGCCGAAGCACAAUGCAUUCUGGGUAAUGAACUUGUCAGUAAUAUUAUGUGUAUAGAGUGUGUUGACCUUAACAUAUACUGUAUAUCUUUGUAUUGGAAUGGUAGGCCCAUCUGUUUAUGUACGUAUCCAUUAAUUAAGGAAUUGUUCAUUAGGUUUUAUUCUUCUUUCUUUUCCCCCUAUUUCUAUCUUCCUCCUUGUGUUUUCUAUUUUCAUCUGCUGCAAAAGCAGCGCCUCGGCAAAUCCAUUAAUGGAACUGUGUUCUUCCUCUGAAUAAGCUCUUCUUGACAAGAAAAAAUAACUAAAAAUCAUUUCUGCUAUUUUUUUUAGAUUAAUAUUUAAUUUUGUACUGCGCCAGAGUAUAUCUAAAAUAUUACAUAAUAGAUUUAUUUUCUUAUUAGUUGUCCUCAUUGUAAACCACUGCACCAUGAGGGUAAACAAGCCCUCUUCACUCAUUUUUUCUCCUCAGUUAAGUUAUUUGUUGUCAUGAUUUUCUCUAUGUUCACAUUUGCGUUUAUUUAAAAGUAUUGUGGUCGAGUAUGUGAAAUACGGUGGCAUUUAUUAAGGGGUAUUGCCGUCAUGUUGUCAUGUCUGUCACACAUGCUUAGCAAAAUACUGGUUUUCACAAAAAAACAAUCCACACUACUAUUUAGGAGAAUAUAUGUUUUUCAGCUGAAGAAUAAUUCUGUUUAACAAUUCUGCAUAACAUUGAUUAUUAUUAUUAUUAACUAUGCCCUUUGUAACUGCUAAAAAAGGAGUUUAGAUUUUUCAUUUUUGGUUUUUAAAAGCCCUUCUCUUUAUAUGACAUUUAAGCCCAUACUUGAAAUCAACAUGGAAUUAUAGUAUGUCCGAAACCCUUUUUGCUACUAUGAUGUGACAUUUCUGAGUGAAACAGCAUAAUUCAGAAAUUCAUCUAUUUUAUUCCCUGGAAAUUGAUUGGAUUAUGAAAAGUGAGUAAUAAUUUAGGGA